CGAAGAGAGUUCUGAUUUCCGGCAAAUAACGUCUUCGCACUUUUGAUGGCGGCGAUUAAAAGAAGCACAAAAAGAAACAUUCGUCGGUUAUUUGUUGGUGUUUGACUGAAACGGUGAACUCUGACCUCGGACAGUGACUGACUGCUGAUACCGGGAUCGAGCCUGCCCGCUGCCGUCGCCAUGGAAACAGAGGAACAGGCCCGGAACCGCUUCCAGUCGGAGCUGGAGUUCGUCCAGUGUCUGGCCAACCCCAACUACCUGAACUUUCUGGCCCAGAGAGGCGUCCUGAGGGAGAGACCCUUCAUUAACUACCUGAAGUACCUGCUGUACUGGAAGGAGCCCGAAUACGCCAAGUUCCUCAAGUAUCCUCACUGCCUGCACAUGCUGGAGCUGCUGCAGUACGAACACUUCAGGAAGGAGCUGGUCAACGCUCAGUGCGCCAAGUUCAUCGACGAGCAGCAGCUGCUGCACUGGCAGCACUACUCCCGCAAACGCACCCGGCUGCAGCAGGCGCUGGCCGAGCAGCAGCAGCCGCAGCAGCAGGCGCCGCCGCACGGGAACGCCGCCGCCAAGUGAGGACCACGCUGGAGGCGGGAGGAGGAGCGUGGGAUAGUCGGAGCGCGGAUUGUAGCUCUGAUUGUGGAUUUUUGAGUUCAACGCGGAAGAUUCAGGAAAGUUGACACGGACACGUCGGACAUGUUGUUUUUGUGUUUAAUACAUUUUGAUGAAGAUGGUUAAAGGUGGUUAAAGGAUUGUGUGUAUGUGUACUGAGUGGCAGAGUUAAUAAUGACACACAGCAGCUGAGAGUGAAAGCAACUUCCUGUUGGGAAUUUCAGUUUAAAAGCACUCACGCUCACAGAUCUCCUCAAAAAACGUACUACGAGAAGAAAGUUUCAAAAUCUAAACUCGCCGGAUGGAAGGAAAUCUUGUGAGUGACGUAUAAACAUGAACAGGAUGUAAUCAGUGGACAGAUCUGUUGGUCUGCAGUGUCUCUAACAGCCAGCAGGGGGCAGCUCCACUCUGAUAGUAUGGAGUCUUAUGGAGAAGUUUCCUGAUGAGUUUCUGGUCUCAGUCUCUAGUUUCAGUCUUCUUCCAUACAGCAUGAUGUUCAUUUAGUAACUGAUGGUCCCAUUGAGAGUAACACAGACCAUAAAGCAGCUGAUCCAGAGUCUGUUACUGGAAUACGAGAUCGUGUGUGACCGAGGAACCGCCAUUGUUUCCUGCCAAUGAGCUGGCUUGAAAAUCAGAUCAAAGAUGGCAGAGAACGGCUUCCUCGCUCUCUGAUUAUUGGAAGAUUCACCGCUUUAAGCUUUUAGGCCGCUAACAACGUUUCCUUCCAUCCGGCGAGUUUGUAUGUUCGACCUUUGUUCCUGUUCCACGUUUCCUGAGCGGAUGUGUGACUGAAAUGUGGCAGCAGUUUACGGUGCCACAUUGUAAAGUCAGUCACAUCUGUCUGAAAAGGUCAGCAGCUGCACACUGAUGAAGGUGAUGAUGGUGAAAACCAAACAUUAUGGGACCGCUUGGAGUCGCUGGUUGAGAACAAUUCAACAAUAACACAGAGAAUAUUUGAGUUACACAACAGUUUUAUUUACAGUUCUUCCUCCUGCCUACGUCUGCUACUCUCCUUUUCUUUUCUAAUAAAGGUUUUGAACUUGAA